AGCAGGACUUAGUUGUAAACACAAACCAUAUGAUUUUUAUGAUCGUUUAUCGCUGCCUUUUAAUUUAUGUAUUAUUGUUUGUGUGUCAUUCAUUCGAUUCGAUUGCCUGCUCUGUUUCGCAUUACUAGAAUGCCCGAUUUUCCGUUGUCCUAUCCACCCCGGUGAGAUCGGUCGGCUUCUCUGGGAUUCUACUAAAAUGGGUCUUCAAGUGGCAGCCAACAGUAACGGUAGUAAUAAGCGCAAAUAUGAAGCUGUAAGCGCUGCAGCCAAUGCGGAUGAGUGUAAAGACAAUGACGACAUCGUUGAUGGCCAAGAAGCGUCAACGGAUGAAGCAAGUGCGAGUAAGCAACCCCGGCUAGACGACACAGUCGAGCAAGAAACAACGCAGCUGAAGAUAGUAGAGUCCUCCACAACGAACAGUAGUAACAACGCCAUGACGAUUCCAGCAGAGCCUACAAUGGGCGAAGAAACGACUGCCACGGUUCAAAUCAACAGUCCUCUGAUAUUACCGCUGGCAACACCCGCAGAGGACAGCAUAGCCAAGCUGGAGGCGGUCGUUAUUCCCGGAGAAGCAAACUGGAACUGUGAACCAAUUGUCGAUCCUAUUAGUAAGCUUCAAGCCGUAGCAGUUCCUGGUGAAGCUUGGGGAUCAGAUAGCACGCGAUCAACAUUGGCUACUACUUUGCUGGCAGCAGAUGACCUGGAUGACGAUGACGACGAUUUUGAGGAUGAAUUCGAUGACGACGAAACGAUAUUACCUAGUUAUUCACCUAUUCGUUAUCCAUGUUCCCCGAAUCGGGGCGGUUACAUACCAGCUUAUCCUAAACCUGGAUACUUUCCAGAGCCAUACCAGAAUUGUUCCCGGACAAACUCAGCAAACAAUGGUGCUCAGCAAUAUGCAAACCGAGGUUAUGGCUGGAGUCAGCAUGGCUACUAUUCUCCACCAUAUGAAGCACCUUCCUCUCAGCAAACAAUCCGUUGCGCAGAAAACGGAAAGUCAUACUUCGAGUUGGGCAGCGCAAAUUACAGUAGCGUUAAUCAGUUUGGCGCUCCACCGAGGCACCUGAAGCGAUGUUGUGAUGGUCGCAAUAUGUCGUGCAAUAAUAAGCAGUGCUAUAAGGAACGUCGCUUGAAGAUGAUGAAUCUCUCCAUGUUCAAGCUGGCGAGGUUCCGUCAAGCUUCCGAUCAGUCACUGUACAGAUCAGUGCUAAUAUGCAACACGCUUAAAUCUAUCGAACGUGAAAUUGAUCACGAGAACAAGGAAUUCAGCCACCAGCAGCACUUACAGCAGCAACAGCAUACGCAUCAUUAUCACACACCUCCACCGCACCACCUGCAUCAUACUCAUCAUCAACACCCGCCACCACCACCACCAUCUUCGUCGCCAUCUUCCGACUCCACGGAAUAUGGAAACGGCCCUACGUACAACAACUGUCGGGUCGCAUUUUCUGAUAAACAGUCGCAACCAUCUCCUAAGUUUAGUGAAAUCGGCAAUGGUGGCAGCACUAACUAUAGUAGACUUCAAGGCAGCAAUACAACGACGCAGUCGUCUUCAACGUAUGGCAAUGGUACGAGCUGUGCCGCCGAACAGCAGCAAUCGACCACUAUAACUACGCAAUUAUCGUCCUACGACCAGCAACAACCGCAGCAACAUGGCUCCCUAAGUACUGCGUCUGCAACAACCGCACCGAGUCCACAUCAUCAUCAUCAUCAUCCUUUAAAAGAUCCGCACUCUGGUCGGGCAACUCCUUUCCCGUCUGGUACUGGUGGUGCUCUGGCCGGUAACGGCUACCACGACAGUGAUUCUGGCUUCGGUGACGACGACUGUACCCGCCCAAUCAACUGGGGAUCGGUGCUAAGCUUGUCCUCACAAUCGGCAUUAGAUCCGCUGAACAACAACGACCUUUUUGUAACCUCUCCGAGUGUCGCGGUCAGCGUUGUAAACGACAGCCAUCACACCGCCAGCGCGACGGUACUAGCUAAUAACGAUAAUUGUGAUAGUAAUAGUAGUUUAGUGUUAAGUCAAUCCACGACGUCAACCUCCUGCCUAGCUAGCAGCGAAACCGACGACGUUUCCGUUAGUAGUGUAAACAAUAGUGAUAGCAGUAGCGAAAGCAAUCAUCCCCAUCCGUUGGAUAGUACUAAUGCGGUUAGUUCCUCCGGCACUAGCUCUUCUGCCACCACAACCUUGACCUCUCUGACUACCCUAACCACUACCAGUCAUUGUGAUCUUAAUCUUACGACACUCACCACUUCGCCCUCUCCUUUACUAUCUUCCUGCGCUUCCGCUCUCCAAUACCAUACCAGCACCACCGGUUCUAGCUGGGAUCUGGCAUAUCUGGACAUGGAUCUCGGCACUACGCACGAGUUAUACGACAUGUUUCCAAACUGCUACAAAAUAACCUCGUUCAACUCCGAUGUCGAUAUGCUUGGCCUGAAAUCACCCAUGCUAGAACCGAGCAAGGUAGUCUGUGAUAACGAUAUGGAUUCGUUUACAACCCACAUCAUGGUUGGAAGUUAGUAUUAAGCCCAUGAAGAUAUUUCCAACCAACCAACCGAGGUCGGUAAGCGCGCUUGCUCAAAACCUGAACCCACCUCCACCAUGACGCCCGAAAUACGUUAAACUUAUAUGUUCAUCAUCUAAAUGUCAUGUCCAUACCCGAGAAUGUGCAGAACGAAAAAAAAACACUGGCGCUUAAUCUCAGGUUGUGAAGGCUGUGUUAUACAUUAUUAGGUUUUUGUUUCGGUUCAACAAUGACCCCUAGCUAAGUUCUAGCAAAACCAGGUAUACUGCAGCAAACCAAAAUUGAAGGUUGUUUUUUUAUAAUUGCUAUAAUUUCCUUCUCCUUUACAAUCCAUCGGGAAUACGAUUGAAAUUAACGUAAAUAACCAGCGUACAAAACGGCAGAGCUACAAAGCGCUACAAAAUCAACACAAACUGCUUCUGUCACUAUUGGUUCCUUAUUAGGAUUAAACAAUUACUGCGGUAAAACAAACUAAUGUUAAUAAACGUGACGAAGUGAUGGAAACAAACACAAGGAAUUGUACAAUAGUUUUAUGAACAACAAAUCGCAACGACUGCAGCGGGUCCGCCAUUGUAAAAGUUUGUACGACACAUUGCUUCUGGUCAUACCAAAAUCUCCAACUCUCCAGAUCAGCGUUAAUUAACAACAUUACACGUAGAACGAUCCACGAGUGCCAUAAAUCUACUUCUACGCUACGAGAAAACUUACAAUGCCGAUCCAGCUGUUCGUUGAAAUCUUGGAAAUACCUAAAUCUAUGAAGCAACGUCUCAGCCGCUGCUACUUACUAGUCUCGCCAGAUUGAAAUUAACUAUCAUCGACUUAUUACCGGUAGCUGUUAAUCUUCGAUUGCAUUCCAGUUCAUACUUAGUUUCACAACGAUUUCAAUAGUUAUGUACGGUUAAAGCUCAAACUGGCGCUGCUUCAUGGUCCUAGGAUAUACCGACUUCCUGUCACUGAGUGUUUCAAGAAUACUCUCAGUAUGGAAAAUAGCGUCAAUUCUGGUGAUGUAUUUUCAACCACAAUCAACUAAAGUAUUUUACAUUUUAUAUGAAAAAAAUCAAGCUGCUUUUGUACAUACUGUACGUAACAUGAAAGCUGGAUAGGGUCAAUUGGUUUCUGUUAACCAAUGUUCACCAACUGACUAACGAGCGGCAAUCAAUCGUGCGGGCUAACUUUGGGCAAGGGAUAACUCUACUUUGCAUUGAAAAAAAGAAAGAGAAAGCAAACCAAAUCUAGUCCUUGUCAAUCUUUAAAUCAAAUUUUUCAUUUUUAUUUUUUUGCCGAUUGCCUCAUCGACAUUUUGUUAUUAUAUUUUUUUUUUGCAAAUAAGUAAAGUCAGUCGAGAAAACUGUUUGUAAAUAAUAAAACAAAACGAGGAUGACAAAAUGAGAUAUACUAUGAACAAAAAGUUUGGAUUUUAAAACAAAAAUAGGCAAACCCAUCCUUGAUGUUAUUUAAACAAGUAAAUGAACAAAAUUGUACUAUAAGAGAUUAUAUAUACCUAAUCAAUAUAUUGUAACAAAACGGCAAAUUAACGUGUAGAAUAACUAGGAAAAAAAAACAAAAUUAGUAUGGUUCCUGGUGACGCCAGAUAAGUGAAUACACAGGAAACGGUUACACAAACAUGUUGCAUCCAAAAUUGUACAUUAUACUUCCCGCAAGUGUAAACAGGCAGGCAGCAAGGGAAUGAAAUGUAAAAGUUCAUUUUGCCUGAUCGUAAACGAAUGAAUCGUUUAGAGUUAUAUUUGAAAAUAAGAAUAAUUUAUUGAAUUUAUUAUAUACAUGUAAAUAUGAAAAAGUGAAAACAAAUAUAAAUAAAAAGAAAGAAAUAAACAAAAUUUAAAACACAA